CGUUUCAGCGGUGAUAGGAUAAAGCAGGGACAUUAAGAAAUAAAUUCCCCCUCACGACCCUCGCUGAGCUCGCUGCGCGGUCCCUGCAUAUUGAUGCAGCCGCAGGGCGCGAGCGGCUACUUAGCACAGCGGCUGCUACUAGGGGCAGCUGCGGCCGGGGUGAGCCAGGUUGCGCAAGGGGAAGCUGGCAGCUUCCAGUCCUGAACUUGGCUGGGCUAGAGCGGAGCGAGGCGGGAGCAAGAGGCUGGGAGGGGGGCGGGGAGCGCUCGCUCUGGAAGCUCCUACCCUGUGGCGCUGUUGGAGCCCGGAGCAUCCUGCCCCGGAGCGAGGCUCUGGAUCCGCGCGCUCAGCAGCUGCGGGAGGAGGAGGCGCGGAAGACGGGGUGAUCAGCGUGAUCCAUAGCCCUGGAACUGCGCGGGCUCGGCAGCAGCUCCAGGUAGGAGCCCCUCCAUCACCUCUGCAUCUGACAAGCUGGUGACCAAGAUGCCCAGAGCCUAGUUCCCAUGUUUGUGCGUCACAGUCACCAGACACAGCAAGCCUCCAGUCUUCCUGACCUGUUGCUUAGGGACGCAACCCAUCGCUGCUCCUGACGUCUGCCUGGUCAACCUUGACUUCCUUAGAGACUAAGGAAGGGGGCGGGGACGCAUGAAAUCAUGCCACCCAAGGCUGAACGGCAAUGAGCAGGUGACACCAAGUUGACGUCAAAGACAGAGGCGACAGAAACUCUGCAGCCGGCUCUUGUCCCGGAGUGGCUCAGGUUCCUGCGAGAGUCGUCUUAGCUUGGAGGUCUUCCGAAGGACACAGAUACCAUGGAAGAGCCCACAUUUGGGGUCCAGCAGAUCCAACCAAACGUCAUUUCUGUCCGUCUCUUCAAACGCAAAGUGGGAGGUCUGGGCUUCCUGGUGAAGGAACGGGUCAGCAAGCCCCCCGUGAUCAUCUCAGACCUGAUCCGAGGAGGUGCCGCGGAGCAGAGUGGCCUCAUCCAAGCCGGCGACAUCAUUCUCGCUGUCAACGAUCGGCCCCUGGUAGACCUCAGCUAUGACAGCGCCCUGGAAGUUCUCAGGGGCAUUGCCUCUGAGACCCAUGUGGUCCUCAUUCUGAGAGGCCCUGAAGGCUUCACUACACACCUGGAGACCACCUUCGCAGGGGAUGGGACCCCCAAGACCAUCCGGGUGACCCAGCCCCUGGGGACCCCCACCAAAGCUGUCGAUCUGUCUCGCCAGCCAUCAGCCGGCAAAGACCAGCCAUUCGCAGUAGAUAGAGUCUCAGGUCCCAGUAACGGACCUCAGCAUGCCCAAGGCCAUGGACAGGGAGCCGGCUCAGUCUCCCAGGCUAAUGGUGUGGCCGUUGACCCCACAAUGAAAAAUACCAAGGCCAACCUCCAGGACAGCGGAGAACAGGAUGAACUGCUCAAAGAGAUAGAGCCUGUGUUGAGCAUCCUCACCGGUGGGGGCAAAGCAGUCAACAGAGGGGGACCAGCCAAAGCAGAGAUGAAAGACACAGGAAUCCAGGUGGACAGAGAUGUCGUCGAUGGCAAACCGCACAAAGCCCAGCCCCUGAGCGGGGAGAACGACCGAGUCUUCAAUGACCUGUGGGGGAAGGGCAAUGUCCCUGUGGUCCUCAACAACCCGUAUUCAGAGAACGAACAGUCUCCGGCCUCGGGUAAACAGUCUCCUACGAAGAACGGCAGUCCUUCCAGGUGCCCUCGCUUCCUUAAGGUCAAGAACUGGGAGACAGAUGUGGUCCUCACUGACACCCUGCACCUGAAGAGCACGCUGGAAACGGGGUGCACAGAGCACAUCUGCAUGGGCUCCAUCAUGCUGCCAUCGCAUCACAUACGGAAGUCAGAAGAUGUCCGCUCCAAGGACCAGCUCUUCCCUCUAGCCAAAGAAUUUCUCGACCAAUACUACUCCUCCAUCAAGAGGUUUGGCUCCAAGGCCCACAUGGACAGGCUGGAGGAGGUGAACAAGGAGAUCGAGAGUACCAGCUCCUAUCAGCUCAAGGAUACGGAGCUCAUCUACGGAGCCAAGCACGCCUGGCGGAACGCCUCUCGCUGUGUGGGCAGGAUCCAGUGGUCCAAGCUGCAGGUGUUCGAUGCCCGAGACUGCACCACAGCCCACGGCAUGUUCAACUACAUCUGUAACCAUGUCAAGUACGCCACCAACAAAGGGAACCUCAGGUCGGCCAUCACUAUAUUCCCUCAGAGGACUGACGGCAAGCAUGACUUCCGCGUGUGGAACUCGCAGCUCAUCCGCUAUGCUGGCUACAAGCAGCCAGAUGGCUCUACCUUGGGUGAUCCAGCUAAUGUGGAGUUCACGGAGAUCUGUAUACAGCAGGGCUGGAAACCCCCAAGAGGCCGGUUCGAUGUGCUGCCUCUCCUGCUCCAGGCCAAUGGCAAUGACCCUGAACUCUUCCAGAUCCCCCCAGAGCUGGUGCUGGAAGUACCCAUCAGGCAUCCCAAGUUUGACUGGUUUAAGGACCUGGGGCUCAAAUGGUACGGCCUCCCUGCUGUGUCUAACAUGCUGCUGGAGAUCGGGGGCCUGGAGUUCAGCGCCUGUCCCUUUAGUGGCUGGUACAUGGGCACGGAGAUCGGCGUCCGUGAUUACUGUGACAACUCGCGAUACAACAUCCUGGAGGAAGUAGCCAAGAAGAUGGAUCUGGACAUGAGGAAAACAUCAUCCCUGUGGAAGGACCAAGCCCUGGUGGAGAUUAACAUUGCUGUCCUAUACAGCUUCCAGAGUGACAAGGUGACCAUUGUGGACCACCACUCUGCCACCGAGUCCUUCAUCAAGCACAUGGAGAAUGAGUACCGCUGCAGAGGGGGCUGCCCUGCCGACUGGGUGUGGAUUGUGCCCCCCAUGUCGGGCAGCAUCACCCCUGUCUUCCACCAGGAGAUGCUCAACUACCGGCUCACCCCGUCCUUUGAGUACCAGCCUGAUCCAUGGAACACCCACGUGUGGAAGGGCACCAACGGGACCCCCACGAAGCGGCGAGCCAUUGGCUUCAAGAAAUUGGCAGAGGCCGUCAAGUUCUCAGCCAAGCUGAUGGGGCAGGCCAUGGCCAAGAGGGUCAAAGCGACCAUUCUCUAUGCCACCGAGACAGGCAAAUCCCAAGCCUAUGCCAAGACCCUGUGCGAGAUCUUCAAGCAUGCCUUCGAUGCCAAGGCUAUGUCCAUGGAGGAGUAUGACAUCGUUCACCUGGAGCAUGAAGCCCUGGUCUUAGUGGUCACCAGCACCUUUGGCAAUGGAGACCCCCCUGAGAAUGGGGAGAAAUUCGGCUGUGCUUUGAUGGAGAUGAGACACCCCAACUCUGUGCAGGAGGAGAGGAAGUACCCGGAACCCUUGCGUUUCUUUCCCCGUAAAGGGCCUUCCCUCUCCCAUGCUGACUCUGAAGCCCACAGUCUGGUUGCUGCCCGUGACAGCCAGCACAGGAGCUACAAGGUCCGAUUCAACAGCGUCUCCUCCUAUUCUGACUCCCGCAAGUCAUCAGGCGAUGGACCGGACCUCAGAGACAACUUUGAAAGUACCGGACCCCUCGCCAAUGUGAGGUUCUCAGUCUUCGGCCUGGGCUCUCGGGCAUACCCCCACUUCUGUGCCUUUGGGCACGCGGUGGAUACCCUCCUGGAGGAGCUGGGCGGAGAGAGGAUUCUGAAGAUGAGGGAGGGGGAUGAGCUCUGCGGACAGGAAGAAGCUUUCAGGACCUGGGCCAAGAAGGUCUUCAAGGCAGCCUGUGAUGUGUUCUGCGUGGGGGAUGACGUUAACAUUGAGAAGGCGAACAAUUCCCUCAUUAGCAAUGACCGCAGCUGGAAGAGGAACAAAUUCCGCCUCACAUACGUGGCAGAAGCUCCAGAGCUGACCCAAGGUCUUUCCAAUGUUCACAAAAAGCGAGUCUCGGCCGCUCGACUCCUCAGCCGCCAAAACCUGCAAAGUCCUAAGUCCAGCCGCUCCACCAUCUUCGUGCGUCUCCACACCAACGGGAAUCAGGAGCUGCAGUACCAGCCAGGGGACCACCUGGGUGUCUUCCCUGGCAACCACGAGGACCUCGUGAAUGCACUCAUUGAACGGCUGGAGGACGCGCCGCCCGCCAACCACGUGGUGAAGGUGGAGAUGCUGGAGGAGAGGAACACGGCUCUGGGUGUCAUCAGUAAUUGGAAGGAUGAAUCUCGCCUCCCACCCUGCACCAUCUUCCAGGCCUUCAAGUACUACCUGGACAUCACCACGCCGCCCACGCCCCUGCAGCUGCAGCAGUUCGCCUCCCUGGCCACCAAUGAGAAAGAGAAGCAGCGGCUGCUGGUCCUCAGCAAGGGGCUCCAGGAAUAUGAGGAGUGGAAAUGGGGCAAGAACCCCACAAUGGUGGAGGUGCUGGAGGAAUUCCCGUCCAUCCAGAUGCCGGCCACGCUUCUCCUCACACAGCUGUCGCUGCUACAACCUCGUUACUACUCCAUCAGCUCCUCUCCAGACAUGUACCCCGACGAGGUGCACCUCACUGUGGCCAUUGUGUCCUACCACACCCGAGAUGGAGAAGGACCGGUUCACCACGGGGUAUGCUCCUCCUGGCUCAACCGAAUACAGGCUGACGAUGUCGUCCCCUGCUUCGUGAGAGGCGCCCCUAGCUUCCACCUGCCUCGAAACCCCCAGGUGCCUUGCAUCCUGGUUGGCCCAGGCACCGGCAUCGCACCCUUCCGAAGUUUUUGGCAACAGCGACAAUUUGACAUCCAACACAAAGGAAUGAAUCCAUGCCCCAUGGUUCUGGUCUUCGGGUGCCGGCAAUCCAAGAUAGAUCAUAUCUACAGAGAGGAGACCCUGCAGGCCAAGAACAAGGGUGUCUUCAGAGAGCUGUACACUGCCUACUCCCGGGAACCUGACAGGCCAAAGAAAUAUGUACAGGACGUGCUGCAGGAACAGCUAGCUGAGUCUGUGUACCGCGCCCUGAAGGAGCAAGGAGGCCACAUUUAUGUCUGCGGGGACGUUACCAUGGCCGCCGAUGUCCUCAAAGCCAUCCAGCGCAUAAUGACCCAGCAGGGGAAACUCUCAGAGGAGGACGCUGGUGUGUUCAUCAGCAGGCUGAGGGAUGACAACCGGUACCACGAGGACAUCUUUGGAGUCACCCUCAGAACGUAUGAAGUGACCAACCGCCUUAGAUCUGAGUCCAUCGCCUUCAUUGAAGAGAGCAAAAAAGACACAGACGAGGUUUUCAGCUCCUAACUGGAUCCUCCCGCCCCAUGGGAUGUGGGGUGGCUGCCCCAAGUGCCCACGCGAGGGCGGCCGCAGGUUGACUAAACGCGGACACACACAGCUGAACCUUCCCCACGGGACCCUGAGUGGCCCCACCCUGCCUCUUGUCCUGUUGCUAUGUCCUGGUCCUUCUUCCCUCUCUGGGCUUCUUUCAACCCCAACCCUGGGUUUUCUCCUAGACUCUUGGGCUGCGAUGCAUCACCCUUGUUACCCUGCAGUGGCUCUUACAAAACCGCAUCCUCCCCACCCGCUCGCUGCUAAGGGCGGGUUGCGGUGCAUGAAACCGCCAGGUCAUGGCUGUCACUCCUGUUGGGGGUCUGAAGGUGGCUGGCACUGGGCCUCAGGUCACCCUGAGCCAGUCCCUUGGCCACUUCAGCCCCUUUCCAUCCUCUGUUUAUGAUGGUGUGUGUAUGAGAGAGAGAGAGGAAGAGAGAGAGUGGGGGUGGAGAAAUUCCCCGUCCUUUUGCCUGCACACGCGUGCUGUACUUACCUGUGAGUCCACCGCCUUCGUGAAGGAUGCUCCGAGCCAUGACAUGUGUUCCUAGCUAUUGUUAAUCCCACCCACAUCCACCAUGGCAGUCUUGUGUCAGCCUCCCUGUAACACAUCAGGCCCCCUUACUAAUCACAGGCACACGUGGAGAGGAAGGGGGGUCCCUGUGGAGGACCCAACCACAGAAUCCGAGGUGUGCAGAGUCUGACCCUCUCGGCAGACAUCUGCCUGGGAAAUUUAACUGGGCAGUGGAUCGGCCAAGCCCCUCCCCAUUCUCACCAACCCCAGCUGGGACCACAGGAUGUUGAGCUGUCUUCCCCAGGCGACCUCAGCCUGCCCGUGGGCCCAGCAGCCAUGCCACACCGAGAAGCAUGCUGGAGUAAGGUCUUUGCCGUCGAGAGUAUUUGGGUAACAUGUCCAAGUUUGUCCUCAUUAAAUGGAUGGGUGGGCCUUUUUAGUCCUUUGGAGCCUUGGUAGAUGUCAGGGAGGAAUAGAUAGCUGCCUUCCAUUCCUCCUGCUUAACAAUAAUUCCCUUCCCCCAAAAAGAGCAGUGUAGGCAAGAGAAUUCCAGCCACGACCAGUGGGCCCUCAGAGCUAACCAUCUCUGAGGCACUGCGGUGUGGUCCCUUACCUGAUUAAACAAAUAAAUAAUAAAUAAAAGUUAGAUCAGACAGUACUGACAGUCAGUCAAGAAACCCCCAGGGUCCCCAGGCUCAAGUCCCAUGUUCUGUGCUCCCGUUUGGUUUGGGGAGGCAGGAAAAACCAAAACACAACCCAAUCAUCUCCUCUAUGUCCUGAGCUGGGGCCUGCUGUCCUAAUGCUAAGGAUGAGAGAGCUGUCAAAUAGAAAAUGCUGAAGACUUUACAGCGGUGGGGUCCAAAACCCUAAGAGCUCCAAGCGCACCCACUUUCUUUCUCCGUCUUUGUCUUUCUUCCUUUCCUUUCCUUUUCCCCCAAGGUCUCCUGUUACCCAGGCUGACUUCGAAUUCACGACCUUGAAUUCCUAACCCUAUCACAUCCCAUCCAGUUUAUGAUUUUGCCAGAGGCUCAAAGCCAGACCUCCUGCAUGUUGGGCAAGCACUCUACCAACCAAGCUACAUCCCCAGCCUUCAGUCCCCAACCCCGAGUCCAGAGAUAGGUCUCAUGUGGCCCUGGACAACCCUGCCAUCACUAGCAUGUGAACCUGGUCCUGGUUGGAACCUCACCCAGCCUACCUUAGUACUAGUGUUUCCUACUUUAUCUCCCAUGCCUGUGGAGACUAAGCCCCAGUACCCCAGAGCUCUCUUCUGUAGCCCAAAGGUAAGGCAGUGUGACCUCCUGCUGAUCUCCAACACAAUUCCAGGGAUGUUCUUCUCAACCCUUUACACCUCUGGCGACACUUAAGAUGUAGCCGAUUCCCCACAUCUAAACUGCUGUGUCCAACCUCCAUUGAAGAGUCUUUUCUCUCUCCCUCUCCCUCUGCAAGCCAAGCUGCAUGCACCCAUGCAUGAGUGGUUCUUGCACCCCUGAAUAAGGAAUGCUUUCUCGGUGACCGGCUCCUCCCCACCCCCGGAUAUCCCGGUGCUGCCAGUAGCGAGUGGACAGAUGGAAGCCCCAUGUCAUUUGCCAGAGUCCAAAGACACGAUUACAUAACCAGGUUCAAGAGGGACUUCUGUUUGUCAAUGCUAGGGAUGGGACCCAAGACCUCGCCCACGCCAGGCUGAGCUAUGUCCCCAACCCCCAAGAGAGGAUAUUUUAAAAACACAUUUGAACUCUUUGACACUGGCCGCUUCCUCAGCUCCUGACUGGGAAGGCUGGAAAUCAGUUGGAUAUCCUUCUCUUCUUUCCCAAAAAACGCCCCUAAGUAGCUUAUCCAAAAGCCAAACAAGGUGGUCGUCUGGGGCGGGUCCAUACUGCCCUCUGCUGGUUGUUUUUAGUUUAAGCCCACAGCCAGCAACAAGCAACGAAGUAUAGCUUAGAAUAGGAGACUGGACUGGGUGAAUGUAGCUAGUUUGUUUACCUUGCCUUCUAUGAGGCUGGCAGUAGCUCCCAACCCAUUUCACAAGAGUGGGUUUGGCCAUUAUGAUCUCUGCUAUUCCCGUGGCCACGGUCCCCAAGAAGUUCAGCCCAUGGGAGAGGAGAGGGCUUCCCUACUUAUCCUCAGAAAUCAGGUGACUUUUUCCCCGGGGGUGAGGGAUGUUUAGGCCCCACUAUGAUGCAAGCAGCCCUGACCCACAUUCUGUUGCUGCCUCCUUGAUGCAGAAGGUCUGAUUCCAGAUCGUACCUGAGCAAGACAAUGCCCCAAGACUUUACCAAGCCAAGCUCUGAUAAGCUUCCAUCUUCCGUGGUGGGUAGACUGCACCGUCCCAGCAUCACUAGCUUGAGGGAGGGGAGAGGAGGGCAGAGUCAGGGAUUCUUAGGCUAAGUCAGCAAGACCUGGUACCGGGUCUGUGGUAGAGAGAGAGGACCAAAAGAGUGGAGAGAUCCCAGCCCUGGGUGGGGAAGGAAGUUGGGUCAGGCCUCGGUACUAAGGGAGAACGUUGAAUUGGCCCCAAAACACAGGAGCGAGGGUGUGGAUUUCCCUGACAGAGCCCCUGUUUCAGGAUGCAAGAGUUUUCCAGCCCAAGGCAAAAUGGAAGAUUGCUGACCCUGAUGUCUGAACCCAUCCCUGCGGGGGGGGGGGGUAAUCUCAGUCUCUCUCUCUCUCUCACACACACACACACACACACACACUCACACAGAGCCUUUCACUGGAAACCAUGGGCUUCCAGGUUAAGUUGCCAGGUUGGCUUGCUCGCUCACUCGCGCGCGCACGCUCUCUCAUUCACUGCCAGACCCCACCUAGAGGGAGAGGCACCCAAAAGGAGAAUUUGACCAUGCCAUGUCUCAAGUAUGGGGACCCAGGGACACCAGGGAAUUUGUUUUCUAUUUACAAGUCUGACAUCUUAAUCCCCAGUGCCAAAAUGCCCUGAAAUCUAAAAACGCUUUGAGCACCAACAGGAUACCACAAGUAAAAACUUUAGUUCAUCUACAAAAGUAUUGAAAAGAAUACAUAGACUGGACAUGAGGCUCGAGGGUAGAGCUCGCCUAGCAUGCAUACGAAGCCUGGGUCCCAUAUCCCAGCAGGGCAAACCACUUGCCGCAGGCUGUCUGUAUAAGGCAUAUAUGCGAAACCUAAACGAAUUUCAUGAUUAGAGGCAGCUCCCACCUGCCAAAUCAUCCCAUCACGAAUAUGCAAAUAUCGCAAAAUCAAAAAUAAGCCCGACAUCUGAAAACACUUCCUGUCGCAAGAAUUUUAGCAACGUACAGUCAACCUAUCAGAGAGAAGGGUGAUAACCCAGGUGAGUGAGUCCCAGCUGUGUUUAUGAAUCUGUCUGGUUCAGACAUAUCUGAGUGCUUCUGGAUAACUGGGCAUCUUUAACCCAGGGCAGUUGGUAGGAGCUAAUAACCUGUGUCUCCUAGGCCAGUCAGGAUGGAAACGGACCUCUAGGAGAUUCUAGUCAGGGGUUCACAACCCGGGCUGUCCUGGGUAUUACAGGAAGCUGAUUGAACAGCAUCUGUGACCUUUCCUGCUCCCUGCCGCUAGCAACCUCCUGCCGUGUGUGACAGCCACAAAGGUCACCAGAAUGGACUGAGUGCUCCCUGGGCAGGCAGGCAGGCAGGACCUUCAACCUUUGGACCAAGAAGUCAUUGCUUGUGGGUCUCAGGGGCUAUCAAACUGACUGCCUGACGCUGUGAAGCUUCUCCUUAGAGAUCUGGAGGAGGGCGGCGGAGCCUGCCUCGGUUCGGUGGUUGCUUUUCUUACCUCCUCCAAACCGAGAUCCGAAAGCUUUGUGGAAGACGAUAGAGCAAAGCUCCCAAGCCAGAGGGUGGCUGGCUACGUGGUUUAAAGAUAGACACUCCCAGGUGCCCUCUCUCGAGCUAGGUCUGAGGUUAUUAUCCCUGUCCCCGUGUCCCCUCUGUGCCCCAAGCUCUGUCUCCCCACUCUUGCUGUUGUGUUGUCCUUGUGACCGUAUGGCUGUGACCCGCUCCAGGCUCAGCAGUCCAGGCUUGCCGUAAGUCCCAAGUCCGACAUGGGGGUCAGGUCACACCCAGAGGUGUUUUCACUGUGGGGUUGGUUUCAAGGGAGGCCGGGGAGAAUGGGCAGAGCCCGGGGUUCCAUCUCACCACCGAUAAGCUGUCAGAAACUCGGAUGCCCCCCACCCACCCACCUCUGGCAUCUCUAUGCUGCUAAUCUCUGCCAUGUGUCCCGUGUGAUCCAGCGCCCGCCACCGCCCUUCCACGCCCUCCGUGAGGUUGUCCAGGCUGUGUUCUCUCGCAUGCUUCUCCUCUAUAUAACCCUCGUCUCUUCAUUUUAUGGGAUUCAACACAAAGUCUACUUAUGCUUCUUUGCAUUAUGGUUAAACGA